GUCAAGGCUUAACCCUAUUUUUUUUUCCUGACAUAUUAGGCGGCGGUGAAGCUUUUACCGGCGUCAGAAGCUUUGUGACUAGUUCGUGCUCUAUCCUCUUUCUCAAACCGAACUAGCCUUCUCCAGACGACUUCUCCGAACCUUCUUUGUUCAGACCACCAACUGCAGUUUAGAUAAUAAUGUCGGAGGUUAAACCAUUGAUUGGUCUUAAAUGGGAACCGAAGCUUCCAAGCUUAGCUUUAGACUCCAAAACUGGCUCCAGCUCAAGUAAAGUUGCUGAGAGUGGUUCUUCUCUCUGGACGUCUAAGUCAGAGCUAGUUGAUGGUCUUUGUCUCCCGCCUACUGAUCCAAAGAAAGUCAACAAGAUGAUGAGAAAGCAACUCAAAGACACCACUGGUUCAAACUGGUUUGAUAUGCCUGCACCUACAAUGACUCCUGAGUUGAAAAGAGACCUUCAGUUACUUAAGUUGAGGAAUGUUAUGGAUCCUAAGAAACAUUACAAGAGAGUUGCGUCCUCUUCUAAACUAGCUGAAAAGUAUUUCCAGGUUGGUACAGUAAUUGAACCAGCACAAGAGUACUUUGAUAGAGUCACAAAAAAGAAUAGGAAAACAACUCUUGCUGAAGACUUGGUGUCAGAUCCCAAAUUUUCUCAGUACAGGAAGCGUAAAGUGAGGGAGAUUGAAGAGAAGAGCAGAUCAAAUCAGGAUAAGAAGUGGAAGAGAAAGGGGAGUGACUCCAAGAAAACAAAACAUAGAAGGCACUGAACUGCUGCAUUUAUCAGAGAAUAUGAUCUCACUUUUGGUUCACCGUACCUUGUAAUGACUACUACUCUUGUUGUUUUACUGUCUUAAUUUAAAGGAUUGGUUCUGUUGUUUCCAUGUCGGAUGAUGAAACAGCUUUGAUGGAAAUUAAAUAGAUCAUAAGAGUAUUUUUUGA